AUGGUUCAGUGGGAUAUGAGGCUUCCCACUAGACAUUGCUUUGAAAUCACAAACUCAGAUUCCCAAAAUUAUGACCAAAAUGACGGAAUACCAGAAAAUGGAGCAAUUGUUUGUGUGGGUGAUGAUGAAUUUCAAUCUGAUCCAUCUUCUUCCCCAUAUUAUGAUUCAAUUCUUUUACCAAAAGAAUUAGAGGGUCUUCAUGAAAAAUACUCAGCCACUUGUAGAUUGUUUCAGUAUCAAGAGCUUCUAUCAGCAACAUCAAACUUCAAACCUGAGAACAUGAUAGGAAAAUGA